AUGAACGUAUCAGCAGAGGGUACUUAUGCCACCGUGUACAAAGGCAAAAGUCGCCUCACCGACAAACUGGUCGCCCUCAAGGAGAUCAGGUUAGAACAUGAGGAGGGAGCACCCUGCACUGCCAUUAGAGAAGUUUCUCUUCUGAAAGAUUUGAAGCACCAUAAUAUUGUUACUCUUCACGAUAUCAUCUAUACAGAAAAGUCACUAACACUAGUUUUUGAAUAUCUGAGGAGAGAUCUGAAAACGUAUAUGGAAGAUGUGGGUAGAAUACAAGCAUCAAAUGUUAGGUUAUUUCUUUUUCAAUUGCUGAGAGGGUUAGCUUAUUGCCAUCGAAGGAAAAUUCUUCACAGAGAUCUCAAACCUCAAAAUUUAUUAAUAAAUUCCUUCGGAGAGUUGAAGCUGGCAGACUUUGGCUUGGCGAGGGCGAAAUCGAUCCCGACAAAAACAUAUUCAUACGAAGUGGUGACACUGUGGUACAGGCCGCCUGAUGUUUUGCUGGGUUCGACGGAUUAUUCCACUUCUAUCGAUAUGUGGGGCGUGGGUUGCAUCUUCUUCGAGAUGGGAGACGGGAGGCCCCUGUUCCCAGGCUCCACCUCCAAGGACCAGCUGCACCACAUCUUCAGGGUCCUGGGGAGCCCCCCCACGGUGGACUGGCUGGGGUCCUCCAGCCCCGAAGAAUUCUCCCCCGAAGAACUCCUCUCCUACGAGCGACAGCCCUUCGCCCUCAACAACAACAAGUGUGAUGUCGACCUACUAGAAAAGUUCCUCAAGUACGAUCCAAAGGAAAGGAUUGGGGCCGCCGAAGCCAUGAAGCACCCAUACUUCCAGUGUUUAGGACCAGAAGUGCACAAACUACCAGACACUGCAUCAAUAUAUCUAGUUCCUGGUAUUAAAUAUGUCGCUGACGAUAACCUUCCUUGGCGGAAAGAGACUGAAGAUGUAGUUGCUAGGCGGAAAUCAAGGGACAAAAAUGUAGACAUCAGAUCAGAGCAUGGUUCCAGUGAUUAAUUGGUGAUGACGCAUCAGGUGCAUGCAGAAGAUGCGAUCAGACCUCAUCGUGUGAAGAUGAAGGAAAAGUCUUUCCACUAUAUUCAGCCAAAUGACUGUGUUAACUGAGCACAUCCCUGUACACUCUCAAAGAUGAAAAUCAUUUCCCGCGUCGACUCGAUGAAGAAGCUUUAGAGUUUGGUAGACAAAUCAACUCGCUUGUGAUCAUUUGUUUUUGUUGAUAAGAUUUGGUUUUGUUAUGUGGA